UCUCGGAAAGCUUUUCAAAUGGAAGAGGAACAAUUAAAUUCAUUGAUCGGCUUGUAUCGCAAGCGCCUUGGAAUGCGGAAUUUGGAAUUCAUGAGUGUUUCUGGAAUUACUCAUUUGAUAGAGGCCAUGCAAUUGCUGCAGAAUCCAGAACCUUCAAUGAAAAUUCAACAAAUCCAGCAAAGGAGCUUGGCCUUUUGGAGGAAAACCCGGAGACAAGUGUGUUCUUGAUCCAGUUACCAGCAGCUUUGCCAGCGAUUAUAGGAUCAGCUUCUUCUGGAAGCCAAGAUGGCAGUGAGAGCUCUUCUAAACCUCAAGGAUCCAUGAAAAAAGUGAAGCCCUGUAAGUUGAAUGAACUACCACCUGGCCUCAUGGGCAAAAUGCUUGUAUACAAGAGUGGUGCUAUCAAACUGAAGCUUGGCAGUACACUUUAUGAUGUUUCCCCCGGUUCAGAUUGUACAUUUGCUCAAGAUGUUGCUGUUAUGAAUACUGGUGAGAAACAUCGUUGCGCAAUUGGGGAGAUCAGCAAGCAUGUCAUUGUAACUCCAGAUAUAGAUGACAUGAUUAGUGUGACUCGUUGGGUGAAGCCUCCUAUUGGUAAGGUGAAGCUGAAUUGUAAUACAAGUCUAUCCUUGGCGAUGGGAGUAGCUGUCGGGGCUUACAUUCUUACCUUAUUUGCUGGUGGCAAAGGAAAUGUUGCUGAAGCGGUACUAUAGCAAGGACAUUCGAGGUGGUGCUCAAUUCCCAGAGUCAGAUAUAGUUAAAGCUUGCCGAAGGUGCUAAAAAACGUGAUCACGAUUACUCACUUGCGGAAGAUUUUCUCGAGAUUACACCUCGGAAGACAAUUGGAGAAUUGAAGGAAUGUAAAGAGGAUGGUGAUUAUGCUGUGUAUGGUACAAUUAUGAGAGUGAUUGGUGGAUCUGAUUGGUUUGUUGCUCAAUGUAGAUGUGGCACUGAAGUUGUUCUGAAGCUUGGGUCAUACUAUUGUGAAAAGUCUUCAAAGCAUGUUGAUUUGUUUUCCUUGAAGUUAUAGUGUUGGUAUGAGGUUUAUUUAUGUUGAUUAUCAUUUGUAUAUAUUAUAAAAACAGGUAUAGAAUUAAGGUGAAAGUUAUUGAUUCCUCAAGGAGUGCAACCUUUGUCAUAUUUGAAAAGCUUGGAUGCCUUUUGCUACAUAAGUCCUGU